ACUUUUGACGGAAAAUAAAAAUGCAGUUGUUGUAUUGUUCACAUCUUUGGUAUAUACAUUCAUCGACUUUUGAAUUGUUUAAUAAAUUUUUAAAGCAUUACAUGGGUUAAUAAAUACAUAUUGUAUAAAGAUUAUUUUACAAAUGCAAUUAUUGUGCAGCCUUAAAAACAGAACUGGGAAAAGAUAUUGGAGAUAGUAAUAUGAGGACCCGACCCCGGUGCCAUACUUGGCUGCCAUUAUCUACUCAGCAGCUUCGUUUGCGAAAUCUUAUUAGAGUAAAAGGUGUAAACAUCAAAUGUCAGGAAACAGGCGCUUUGAUAUAUUAUACUCUUCAUGAAACUGUAGACAAAGAUGCUUUUUACACAAGUGAAUGUUUGCCCGACCGACAAGAUCAAAAUUGGGCCGAAAUUAUUUGUCCUAAAAUAUUUAAGGCUAAUGACCGAAGUGUUUGUGUUAAAGUAUGGGCACAAUAUAUAACUUGCUUACUGGAUAAUAAUAACGUUCAACGAAUUGUGGGAGUGGAUCCAUUAAGUGCCUUGACAAAUGAACUUGUAUGUGCCCACAAAGAUAUGCCAACAAAUUCGAAACAUAAACUUCUUUUUACUUGGGGAAUAAAUUUUUCUGGUCUGAUGCCACUAAGUGAACAAACCUGUUUAAAAUUAAAGGAAAAUUCUUUAGUCUUUUACAUAAACGGCAGUUGUUUUACAUCGGCUGAACACAUAAUAUCGGAUAUUACAAUAAUUUACAAAUUUCUUGCAUUAAAUGAAGAAUUCCCAAAUAAUACUAAAAUUAGACCAAAUUCUAAUCCAAAAUCUGUGGAUGAAGUAAACGCCGAUAAUUUCAGGAAUGGAGUGACUGCACGUUAUAUAGUUAUGUACUUUAAAAAGGACGAGGUACGUAAAGGAUAUAAUUUGUACCAGCUUUUAAAACUUCAAGAAAAGCAACGAAUAUGUUUACAAAAAGUACGAGAAAGCAGAGAUCUUACAGUUGAAAUUCAACGAAGUUGUGUGCAAUGCAUUACAAAAGACCAACUUUCCAUUCCACUUACAUCGCCAUUUACUAAUACUUUCACUCGGAAUUCUCAACGAACAAGUAUGGGUCGAGCAUUAAGUGAGUUAUUUUCUGAACAACGCCAAAUAAGACCCCAAACAUUAUAUUGCGCUCAAAAAUUGAAGAAGCAAUUGGAAACAUUGCGUUUGAAACAACGGCUCCUCCAAUCUGAGCAUAGAACAAUUUCUCUUCGCUUGGCUCAAGAAACAAAUCGUUUAAGCUCUUUAAUUGAAAUACGACAACGGCAUCAAUUAUCUAUUCGAUCUCGAAAUCUACAGCUGCAAGGUGAAAAAAAAGUUUUGGUAGAUCAAUAUCAGGAGAUAUAUUUUCUUACACAAAAAAAGAUCGAAGUCAUAAGAAAUAUGGAACGAAGAAUGUCUGCAUUAUGUGUGGGUUUACGCGAAAUUUACCCAAUAGAAACAAAACCGAAUGGUUUCAACACGAUCAACAACGUAACAUUUCCAAGUAUGGAUGCAUUAAUUAAUGAUACAAAAUCACAUAUUACCAGUAAUCCGGAUAACAUUUUACCUAUUACGUUGAGCGUUUCACUGGGAUAUAUUGCACAUUUAGUGCAGAUGAUAGCUUAUAUAUUCAAUCGCCCUUUAAGGAAUGCGAUAAUACAUCAAGGUUCCCGCUCCCGAAUAAUAGAUAUUGUAAAAGAAAUUCCGUUAUCGUGUUCAGAAUUUCCUCUUUAUAAUCGCUCUGCUAUACCCUCAAAGGCUGUAAAAUAUGGAAUAUUUCUGCUUAACCAAAAUAUCGCUCAGCUAUGUUACGAUAUUAUAGGACUGCGCUGUGAUAUGAGCUUGACACUUGAAAAUAUCAAUCAGAUAUUUGUUUAUUUAAGUGAGGUUCAAAGCAUGGAUGAGAAAAAAAUGUAUCGCAAUAAGAAGUUCGUCUUCAGCUACAACGGUUGUAUAAAUAUGGAUAAUAAUAUUCUCUCGAAUUCCCAUUCAUCGAUCGAUAUGAACAAUGUAUCAGUUCCUUUGGUGACUGUAACACCAGAAAAUUGUUUACUGCAAUUGACAAGCAACAUGCCAUUUUCAAUUGAAGGUGGUGUUAAUAUAAAACAAAGAAUCAGCCGGUCUGUUGGUUCCUAUUCGGACUCGGAAGAUGACUUCAAAGAUAUUCGAGUGAAUGGUUUCUCCAACUCUGAUUCAAACCUUGCGAAUCCGUCUAAACACAUUUAAAAUGUUUAAUCUCCUCUUGGCAAGCAUACGUCUAGUAUGCAUCUGAUGAAAAAAUCGCUUAUUUAUUGUACACUUUUUUUGUUGUAUCACUGUAGUAUAUUGUAUUGGAGUAUGCAUGCAUACACCUCUAAUUAAUUUCAAAUUAUGUUUAAGCUUAGGACCACUCUUUAUGAAACCGUUAUUAUUUCAGUCGUCAAAAAAUUAUCCAAAAUCCAUUACAUAGUGGAAUCAAUAAGUAUAUAAUUUUUAUUAUAAGAGUAAAAUAAUGAAGAUAUCAUUUGUUUAUCA